AUGACUUUGGAAAAUUAUGAAAGGGCGAAGGAGUACUUCGAAGCAGCGGAAGCUAAGCUCCAAGAAGAUUUGGAGGGAGAUCUGUGCGAUUCGAAACUUUCUUCCUAUGUCAUCACUAUGAGAUACAACCUCGCUAGAUGUUUGGAACACUUGUGCUUGUUCGAAGACGCUGAAGUUUUAUACAAAGGCAUUUUGAGAGAAGAAGAAAAUUACACGGAUUGUUAUCUACGUCUCGGAUGUCUUGCACGCGAUCGAGGGCAGAUUUAUGAAUCAUCGAUUAUGAAAAGUAUUGCUCUUCUAACGCUGGCAGUUGAUCUUAUUCACGCCUCAUUCUGCGGUUCUUCAGCAAUUCCCUACAGUUUUGAAGCCCUUUCUGAUGGCCAGCCUGUACUUGGUUGCGCACGACCGGUAUGUUUCGGCUGGAACGCGAGCGGUCAGCCGGCUACAGACGACGGAGAAUUCUAUAGAAUCAGAAAAUUCCCUGACGGCUUUAUGAGGAAGGAUGAUAUAUCUGUUCCACCCUAUCACAACCAAGAUCCGCGUUACUUUCAUCAGCAAGUGGCGGAAUGCGAACCAACAUUCCAAUCUCAUUCUUGUGAUGGCGAUAAUCAGUGGGCUGGCGGAAUUGCUCCUCUUCUGAAUAUAUCCGCUUUUCCGCUUGUUAUGCAAUGUUGCAAAUUCGAACCUCUGCGCCUGUCGACAGACCGCGGAGUCGCGAUAGUGAAAAGAGGGCAAAUUGUUGUUGGAGGAGAGGUGUCAAAAAAUGGCACUCAAUAUGCAUUCGACUAUAUCAGCAAUAUCGUAAAGACUCUCAGUCUUGAUGGAUACGUAACUUACGAGGUUAACAUUCGCCGCUUCAUGUGUCUUUCACCUGUACAAGCGAAGCAGCAUUGGGUUGGUUCACCCAAAGUGCAGGAUGUGCAAGAAUUUAGACGAGCACCGCUUCAUCAUAAAGCAUUCCAGGCGUCUAUAUUUCCCGCAGGCGAUACUAUUAACACACCGAAUCUUCCAAUAACAGGAAUCGAAGGGCCAUUUGAUGAAGGAGAAAAUGUUGUGGUUGAAGAAGAAGUUGCUCAGGAUGGAAUUGAGAUUGACAUUACAACAAGUGCUCCCGCCACUGAUACAUCACCAGUUCCGCAACAACCGGUUACUCCACCACAAGUCCCACAAGAACCUCCUGUUCCACAACAGCCUUUCUUCCCACAGCAGCAGUUUAUAGCUGAGCCCAUUUACUAUCCUGCAGUAGGCCAGGCACCGGUGCCUCCGGUAGCACCCGCAGCUCCGGCAUACUCAUCUCCAGGAAGCUACUACUGCUUUACUGCUGACACCACGGUUCACCUCAUUGAUGGAAGCAAGAAGCGUCUAGAUGAACUACAAGUGGAAGAUUGGGUGCAAACGCUGAACGGAGCCGAGAUACAAUAUGCUCCGGUGUCCUUUUGGCUACAUAGAGUACCUACGCAGUCAGCAGAAUUCCAUAAGAUCGAACUCUCAGAUGGCACUGUGCUAAAAAUAACAGCAAAACACUUCAUUUACAAAGCAACGUGCACGAAUAUAGGCAAAGACAUUAUUUCCAAAGAUUUGUCUGAUCGCGCAAUAUUUGCUGAGGAGGUUUCCGAGGGAGACUGUUUGUAUCUAGUAACGAAGGAGGAAAGAAUAAUCACUGCGCAAGUGAAAAAAGUGUCUAAAGUAAACGAGACUGGGAUUUAUUCACCAAUGACAUCGAAUGGAAAGAUAAUUGUCAAUGGCAUAUAUGCUUCAUGCCACAACAUUAUUGAAAGCUAUUCUCUUCAAAAUACUUUCUUUUCGUAUGUGGAAACUAUGCGAAGAUGGUACUCCUGGCUAUUCGAGGAUUGUCAGAAUGCGAGUGAACUACCGACUGGAAUGAACACUCUGAUAACGUUGAUGGACUACGUGAUUCCAAGGAGCCUCAUCACUUCAUGA